AUGCUUGGGCCAUGCUACUUUGUCAAUAUCUAUGCUCUCAUCUUUAUUUGGGCCUUCCCGCAUUCUCUCGAAGUAUUCUAUGUUCUAUUUGGUCUUGCAAAUUCAACUGUUUACAGUGCAAUAGUUCUCUUCCGGAAUUCAUUUGUAUUCCACAACUAUGAUAAAAUGACCUCGUGUUUCAUCCAUAUUUUACCUCCUCUCAUCUCCUACUGUGUGAGGUGGUUUCCACAGCGAUGUUCAAAGGAAUGGUACACUAAUUUCGUUGAUUCUCAAGGAGAUACCGGUAUUACCAAAUUCAACCCCAUGGGCAGUUGGAUCUAUCUUCUUCUUCUACCAAAUGCUUUCUUUCUUGCACAUACCCUGAUCUACUUUGUUGUCGUUCAUGUUAUUAUUAAGCCCGAUGAAACCUACAAUGAUAAUUAUCGUUACCUUCGUACGAAAUAUUUUGCCAAAAUGCCAUACUUUAAGAAGAUGUCCAAAACACUACAAAGCCUGAUAUGGGUUUUCCUCAACAUCCUGACAAACUUUGCAUUGAGCUUGAUUUCCAUAUUGGCUUGGUGCACAUUCUUCUUCCAUUCGUUUAUGAUGAUUUUAAUGGUUAUUGUGAUGUCAUGGUACGGUGGAUCGUACUAUCUUGAUUACUUUGCCUACUUGGCUCUACGUAAAGCCAUCCAAAAUAAUGAAGUUCCCUCUCCUAAGGCAGAUGACGAUGUCGGUAAUCCCACCGAAAUGGAGAACUAUGAAGACGAAGAUACAGCGGUUAGUGAAAGUCUACGGCACAACCUUGAGAUCGCACUUGAAGAUGAGGGUUCAGAUUCAGAUUCUGAUAUCGUCUGA